GUAUUUGUUUGGUUAAACGUUAGAUUUGUUUACACUUUGAAUAGUUGCGUAUGUAACUGUCAAUUUACAUUGGCAUAGCUAACAUCAAGUAUAUUUCGUUGUAUUGUUUUGGAUUCUUGUUCUAAUUUAUGUCUAGAAUAGCACUCUAAUUAUCAGAUUUAACUGGGGUUUGUCACGCUCAAUCAAUAACCAAUGAUUUUACUUCAUUAGUAUAGUGGUGAGAAGGUUUGUGUACCUGACAUCAGAAGUUAGUUUAAAUUAUAUGGUGAUAUAUAGUUAAUAGAAUGUGAACUUUUCUUUUUUUCCUUUUGCAAUUAUUUUUGUAAUUGUUAUUAAGUAGGAUCUAUGGAUUAUUUGGGUUACAUUCAACAGGUUUUUUUGCUGACUUGUUCUUCUGUCUAUGAAGCUGUAUCACAUGAAAUCUUGGAUAUUCUCUGAAGUUGGCAGGUUUCUGAAGCGUCUCUUUUGCUCUCUGGAGAACCUGAGAUUGGCUGCCAUUGUGGCAUGUUUGUUUUUGUUUUGGUAUAGGUUUAAUGUUCUUACUGUGGAUGAUACUGAAAUUUCAUUCCAGAUUUUGGCAGUGAUUGCACCUAGUUCCAUUUAUCAAGCAGUUCCAAGAAAGUUGUUUAGUGAUAUUUCAGUUUCUUUUGCUCGGGGUGGAAUGCCGGUCACCGUAAGAUUCUUGCCGGGUCCAAUUGAGCAUUGUUGCGGUAGGGUUAGACUGAAACGAGAGAUUUGCGUUCAUCUUAAGUUUAUUUGAGGGGUGUUUAUGGUUUUUAUAAAAAGCCACUAUGACCCGAUAACAUUGCGUUACGAUUGUUAAUAUUAUAUAAAUUGCAAUUGAAUCUCGUAUUUAGGUGGUCCGGUAGAGCGUGUGAGUGGCCCUGUUUGAGUUUAUUGGUGUAAAAUUCACGAGUUAUUGCGGGUGACAUUAUUUUCAAGAUCUUCGUUGAUGAAACUAUCCCAUAUGACAAAAUACACGAAGCAAAACGAA